GAAUGAAAACGGGAAUAUCUGAUUCCAAGCAAAGUCCAUUUCCACCUCUCGUUCUUUUUUCCCACCCACAAAUCGAUAGCCUCUCUCCCGCCUUCUUCCUUCCUCUUCCUUGCCUCUCACCCGCUAUGGACCUCACCAUUGACAAUCCACUUUUGCUGCCACAAAAUCGCAACUUUCACUCUGGAAACCACCGUUGCUGACAUGUCGCCGCCGCCACUAGCCAACAUCCACGACAACCUUCUCCCCCAUCCUCACAAACUUCCCACCUUACCGGAUCUCUUCCUCACAGCCCUCUCUGUUUGCUUUCUCUUCACGUCCUCCGCUAAGUCCACCCUCACCCCCAGAUGUCCUUUUCUCUCGUUCCCCCUGAACCCUCGUCGCUUUCUUAAAAUCCCCGUCAUGUCCCACUCCGCGUCGAACCCUAAGAUUAAUCUUCUCUCUCGUCGCCACAACUUCGCCUCUCCGCAGUCUCUCUCCGACUGGCUCAAGACCCGUUUGCCUUCUGACUCCUUCGCCUCCUGGGGUGUGAAGCCCGGCACCAAGAACGUUCACAACCUCUGGCUCGAACUCUCAGAAGGUGAAACCUCUCUCGCUGAUUCCACUCCUCCGGUUCGUACGGUUCAGGUUGUCACCGUUCGAGUCCUCGGCAAAGAGGGGAAAAUUUUGGUUGAGUCUCACCAGGAGUUAUCGGACGGUAACGUCAGAAAACGAGGCCGACCCUUGUCGGAGAAGAUGAAGCCCAGUGAGGACCCGGAAUCGGCUGCCAUGAGGGCGAUCAAAGAAGAGCUUGGCUCUAUGGUUUGUGGGUCUGAUGCCGAUUUGGACGUCUGUGAAAUUGUGAGGAUUGAUCCAAAUUCGUAUGAGAUGAAGGUGGAGGAACGGAAUUCGGAUUCGUAUCCGGGUUUGCCUGGUUGCUACGUUUUGCAUACCUUGAAUGCGACGGUCGACGGUUUGCCGGAGGGUGAUUUUUGCACGUUUGAGGUUGACGAGUAUGGAAAUCUUGACGAAAAUAAUGUUGCGGACAAGGCGGUCUCUGUGAAGAAACAUUACUGGACAUGGGUUAGAGCUGAUUCGAAGGAAUCUUCAUAUGAAGUUAUGAGCUGAAAUUAACAUUUUCAUCUUGAGUUUUUUAUACGGGAAGGCAGAGUUCAUGGUACAGUGGUGUGGUAGUUCAGAGCUGUCCAAGAUAUAUAACUAAUAUAGCCUGCAACUCAAGUUUACUGAUUGGAAUCUUAUUCCCUUAUGGGAGCGGCGAUUCUGCAGAUAGUCGAAGCGGAUAAAGGGUACCAUCACAGGGACAGGGAUUACUAAUGCAUUUACAAUGUGGGUUUUUCACACCCAUCUAUUGCUAGAGAAGUUUUAAAUUCUGUGAAAGCUGCAUGCUUGGUUGCAAACAAACAGUGAGGUGGCGAGAUAGGGUCAUAGUAUGAAUUUAUUAUCCUGAUAGAGAAGAAUCUAAUGGGGUUUGACCUAGAUAGCUGAUUGAUUCCCCUCUCAAAGCUGUAGCCGCAGCUACACAUUGCUGCAGAUUAGGCUUUCACCACCUGUCACGUUCUUCAAGGUGAGAGUAUGGAUGGGGUUAAAAUGGGAGUCUACUGUCACAACCUGUGUCCAGAAAAAGGAAAACCUUCG